GUUGUGCCUGGCCCGCCCUGCGCCGGCGCAACCCACUCUUGGGCCGCCCUUGCAGUGAGUGCACUGCUCGCACGCGCAGCUGCAACACCAAGCUCUGCCAGUCACGAUCCCUUCGACCCGGCAGCAGCUUGCAACAACACGCACCACAUAUCCCUUCCUGCCCGAAGCGCCUGCAGAACACGGCGGAUAACCCAGUCACGACGGCCUCACCUCAGAUUUGAACCGCCCGUGGUGCACCGACCGCUCAUAGUCGCAGAACAUCCUACUUAGACACAGCUCUAGCACAACUGGUGUCAAGUGCAGUCCUUCAAGACUCUAGGAAGCCAGUUCUAGGCCGCCGUUGCCGGGGCUGGGCGGCCAUGGCCAGCUUGUCGGCGCUGCCCUCGAGACCGCCCUCGGCCGCAGAGAUUCACCAUGCCCUCCUCCGGCCGGUCAUCCUGCAGAUCCUGCGCGCGCAGGGCUACUACACGAGCACGCCCCGCACGAUAGACACCCUCACGGAGCUUGCUGGCAACUACAUCACCGCCAUCUCCAAGCAGGUCGUCUUCCAUGCCGCCGACAACAACCCCGAGGCCCUCGAACCGAGCAUUAUCGACGUGCGCAUGGCUCUCGAGGACUGCGGCGCCCUGCCGGGGUCACGCCCGGUAGAUCUGGACAUGCUGGACGGGGAAGAGGACACGCACGGCGUCGACGAGUUCAUCCUCUGGGCCACCGGCAAGAAGAACCAGCGCAUCAGGAAGAUUGCGGGUCUGGACACAGAAGCGAACGCCCCGACGGGGGAGACUGGCGAAGAGGUCGAGGAGCGGGCCACCGACUACUUGAGCGCGUUGAAGAAGAAGCACAACAAGACGGACCAGGACUCGAAAUAUGCAGGCACCAUCCUCGGCAAGAGCAUCGACCACGGCGAGGUCCCCGUUGAAGGCGGCCCGCUCGAGAGUCUCGCCGCGUGGGAGCAGAUGAUGCGCAACAAGGCAUCGAGCUCGGCAGCCUCUGAUGCCGGCGAUGACGAUGACGACGACGACAGGGGUUCGCGUGCUCCCAGUUCGGGCCUCAGCUCCUUGGACGAGGGCGACGUCGAAAUGUACGACAUGAAGGACUGAGCUGUGCUGCAUCCAUGUUAAUUGCAAUCCCUACGCGCCAGAGAAUAGCCUCAUGACAAGGCUGACAAAUUGCAUUCACACCAAAAAAUCCGGGAGCCAGAGCCAACAUAGCUCGGCGCGCACCAAUGCUAGGACGU